CUUAAAUGUACUUCAUACCGACACAUAAAUGGAUCAUCUUGCUAUGGUGCCCGCUAUUGCCGUCAACUCUCAACCCCAGCAUGCCUUGUGUUCGUACAUAAUAUGUUAAUGCUCUAAUGGAACAGAUAUCUUGCAAUGGAGCCCUUUUCGUUUGGUAGUUCCGAGUCGCUGGACUAUCCGGUCAGCAUCCGCAUAAUCAACCUAGAGGGAGACGAGCCGCCUCAUCUAUAUUCAACCUUACUAAAGAGGCCUGAUUUGAGGCAUAUUGGCUCUAACGUGAGCCCACAUUCCGAUCUCUACGUCACCGUCCAAGUGUGGGCCGGCUCGAAACCCUUAACGGUCCCUGUACAGACGUCGUAUAAAGCAUUUCGCAACGAGAGGAGAUGGAACGAAUGGCUUACCUUACCGAUACCGUACAAAUCUCUCCCCAUCAACUCAUACCUAGCUAUAACCAUAUGGGAUUUGUCCCCCACAGGUGGAAAACAAGCUCAGGGUCAUGCAAUCCCUUUUGGCGGGACAACGCUUCCACUUUUUGAUCAGGACAACCAGCUUCAGAAGGGGAGGCAGAAAUGUUUAGUCCACCGACACAAACAAGCUGACGGGAAUGAUAAUACAACAACUCCAUCAAGCGUCGCGAAGAGAAAAGUUAGCUCUAAGAAAGAUGAUAAUGUUCUUGUGGAUAAAGAAGCUGAAGAACUCGAGCGCCUGGAGAAACUAUUCAAAAAACAUGAGAUGAACGAAAUACCAAGGGUUGAAUGGCUUGACCAACUUGUAUACCGUGGCACCGAGAAGCGUGGCUUAAAGGCGGCCAAGAAUUCGACCAAGUCACUCCAACGCCAAGCAACGUUGAACGCGGAUGGUGAGCAGAAUGGGCAGCAGAAUAUGCCUAUUGACCCGGAGACUGGGGACCCGUUGAGACCUGGGCCGUCAAAGUUUAUGUUGAAUAUUGAACUACCUCGCUUUGACUUCCCUGUCGUAUUUGCGGAUCACGAGUAUCCACCACCACCAAUCUCGUCUUUCCAGCAUCUUUCAGCUUCUCAGUCCAAUAUCGUCCUGAAACCUCCCCCUGAGGUGUCGUAUGGCCCUGGAAUUAAUGGCCCGGGAGGUGCGGGAGAUGGUAUGAGUGGUCGUCUGGUAAGAAUAUACGAUCCUGAAGUGGGGGCUAGGGACAAUCCGGCAGAAAGCAAACAUAGACGUCUUGUCAGAAGCCAGCAUCGCCAUGGGAUACUAGACAAAGAUUUGAGACCCAACGCUAAGGUUCGAGACGAGCUGAAUAUGAUCGUGUCGUACUCCCCGACCCACGUCUUAUCACCGGAAGAGAAGGAUCUUGUGUGGAAAUUUCGCUACCACCUGACCAAGGACAAACGGGCCCUUACCAAGUUUGUCAAAUCCGUCAACUGGCAAGACCAAAGCGAAUCUAAGCAGGCCAUCCAGGUUCUGGGUAAAUGGACCGAUAUCGACGUGGAUGAUGCUCUUGAGCUGCUUGGCCCUACCUUCGAUAAUAGGGCCGUGAGAGCGUACGCAGUGGAAAGGCUAAGGAAAGCGGAUGACCAUGAACUGCUCCUUUACUUGCUGCAGCUAGUCCAGGCUCUGAAGUUCGAACAUAUUUCGGCCGACUCAAACCAGGCUACCGUGCGAGCAUCUUCGCUGGCCAAUUUUCUGAUCUCGCGAGCUGUUCAGAAUUUCACUCUUGGAAAUUAUUUCUAUUGGUACCUUGGAGUUGAAUACGACGACAAGAGCAACGACCAGGGCGAAGAAGUUCGUACUAUGUACGCAAAGGUUCAGUAUGACUUCAUGAAAGAAUUAGAGGACCGUCCAGGCGGGCGUGAGACGAGAGUUACCAUAAGGAGACAAGCCGAGCUUGUCACGGUCUUAUCUAAAAUUUCAGCGGAGAUUCAGGCCUCAAAUGAGUCGGUGGCUCGCAAGGCUGAGAGGGUUAAACAUUUCUUAGCAGAUCCCAAAAAUGAGGUCUUGUCGAUUGACCCGCCCGUCCCUAUACCUCUGGACCCGUCGAUCCUGGUGGUUGGUGUGAUCCCGGAAGAGACAAGAGUCUUUAAGUCGUCUCUAUCACCAAUCAUGGUAACAUUUAAGACAUUGUCGGGCAGCAAGUACCCUAUUCUUUUCAAGACCGGCGACGACUUGCGACAAGAUCAACUAGUUAUCCAGAUUAUCACUCUCAUGGAUCAGCUGCUUCAAAAGGAAAACCUGGAUCUUAAACUGACUCCUUAUAAAAUUCUCGCAACUAGCACAACUGCUGGUGCUUCUCAAUUUAUACCUUCUCAGACGUUUGCAGCGAUAGCUUCCAAAUACCGCAACAAUCCUGCUCUUGCUUACCUCAAACAGCACAAUCCAGAUGAACGGGCGUACUUAGGAGUGCGAAAGGAAACACUUGACACGUUUGUCAAAUCAUGUGCGGGAUAUUGUGUCAUCACGUACAUAUUAGGAGUUGGCGACCGUCAUCUGGACAACCUUCUUCUAACACCGGACGGCCACUUCUUCCACGCUGAUUUCGGAUUCAUCCUUGGUCGAGAUCCUAAACCCUUCGCUCCGGCGGUGAAGCUUAGUAAGGAAAUGGCUGAUGCUAUGGGCGGCUCAAAUCCCCCGAGCGAGCAUUAUUUGCAAUUCAAGCAAUACUGCUUCCUCGCGUUCGCGGCUCUACGAAAGUCGUCGAAUCUGAUCCUCAAUUUGUUCAGCCUUAUGGUACAUGCUAAUAUCCCGGACAUUAAGAUUGAGCCGGACAAGGCAGUCUUUAAGGUGAAGGAGCGGUUCCAUCUGGAUCUGAACGAGGAGGACGCAAUAAGACACUUGGAUGGAAUCAUGGAGGAUAGCCUCAACGGCAUCAUGCCCGUCGUCAUUGAUCGACUACAUGAUUGGGUCCAGGCGUUCAGGCCUUGACAGCCGUCGAACGAAUCACGAAUGAUUUUAGGGGAGUUAUGCAUUGAUAUUAGAACUUUAGAACUUGCCGCUUGCUUUGGAUAUGCCUGAAGCGGCAUUCAUACUUUUAUGAAGGGGUUAACGAUGGCUUGGUGUUGAAGAUAUUGCUAACCCUCAAUAAUACAUGAUACCCAGUGCGAAGACGCAUUCAAACAAGUUUCAAUACAUGCUACCCCUUAUGUGAAACAGACGAACGGAAGGCUGCAGCCACAUCCGU